AAUUUUUUUUUUAAAAAAAAAAUUUAUAUAAUGUCUUUUCUUAUAGAUUCCAACGCUAUUGUAACAGUAAAAACUAUAGUCGACCCGCCAUCAUAUCCACCACCCAGCGCUAGGACAGUCCGUUUAAAUCUUGAAAAUAAUUUAUCAAUAAUUCGUCAAGAACUUAAAGAUAAGAAAUUUAUUGAUAACACAUUGUUGUUUUCAAAAAAGUAUCGUGAUGACAACAACGAUAAUAUUAAUUAUGGAUUUUCUGAAAUACAACUUGAAGAAGAGGAGGAUUACCUUCUAAAUGAUAUUAUUGUAAUUAUUGAUGAAAAUAAUAUUUUAUACUUAAAACAAUGUUCAGAACCUGAUUGGAAAUGUUUGAGUAAAUUACGUAAAAUAGAUUAUGGGUGUACCAUGACUUCUAAUGGAAUUAAGAAAGCAGAUAAGAGAGCAUUUGAAAUAGAAGAUUGUGAAUUGUUUAAAAUUGGUGCUGAAGGAUGUCGGAAAGGGUUUGUUGAAUUUAAGUCAAAUCAUGAUAGAAUUAUGAAAAAAAACUUAAUUUUUAGUACUGAUUUUAAUUUAGAAAGCUUGGGAAAAUUAGGAAUAUCAAUUGGAAAUAUGAGAAAUGAAGGAAUUAAUUCUGAAAAUAUUUCUUCUUAUAGUUUUACACAAUAUGACAAAGUAUCAUUAAAAUUUGGUGAUCAUUUAAAACCGACACAAGAAUUUAUUGAAGAAGUAGAGAAAGCCAUUAAAUCUGAAGAUUCUGCUGAAAAGUUUAAACAAAUAACUGAGCAAUAUGGUCAGUUUAUCCCAACGACAGUUAUUUUGGGUGGUAGAGCACAUUAUGAUGAACGUGCAACAUCAACUGGAUGUUCUGCAGAAAAUUCUAAAGAAGCCUCUAUGAAAGUAAAUGCCGGAGGGACUCUGGAAGUGAAUGCAGCGGGUACUGCCGGUUAUUCAGAAGCAAAGUCAAAUCAUUAUAAAUCUAACUAUACAAAAUUAAUUGGAGGAGAACAAAGUGACCUUGAAAAUUUUGACGAAAAAGCUUGGUUUAAGACCUUAGAAAAUUAUAAAAAUUGGGAUUGUAUAGAAUUACAAGGCCUAAUUAGUAUUUUCCAACCUAUACCUGAUUAUUUACGUAAAAAAAUCAUUGAAUCUGUUGGGAAAAGAAUCCAUCAUUCAGGCUUUAAAGUAAUUAGUUAUAACUUGGAAAAGUUUGGAAAACCAAAAAUCUUUGAAUUUAAGGAUGUUAUACCUCCAAAUAUCUUAAAUAUUAUUCAAAAUAAAGAAGCAGACUGUAAUGUUUUUGCAACUGUUAUUGAUAUGGAAAAGUCACAGAAUAAUUUUUUUACCUGUCAAGUACUUUGUUCGCCAGGUGGAAUACCAAAUCUUAUAAUCCAUUGUAUUCAGAAAAAAUUUAAGAAACGUCAAUGCAAGUUAAAGAUCAUAUGGAUGGUAAUUGGAUAUUAUAUAGAUUUUAAUUUCAUAAUUUCAGAUUUCAAUACUCAGUUGAAGAUUUUCAAAAAUGAAAAUACGUCAGAUGGUCAAACUACGAUUAAUACAAAACUAUUAAACUUUGAAUAUGAUCCAUAUAUCAAUGAAAUUCCCCCUUGUAUAGGAAUUCCUGUAUUAACUAAAUUAGACUCUUCAAAUGAUUCUUUCAUUAUUGGACAUCACUUUUUUAAUGCUCAAAAAAAUAAAACUAGUGUAUGCACGUUCUCUUACAAUUUGAAAGAUAGUAUUUAUGAUAAAUUACCUGAUUUUACUUUUUACACGCUCAUUAUUCCAAAUAAUAGUGCUCAUAAUAUAAUUUCUUUUUAUCGUCGUUCAUUUUCAAGAAAACUAUAUAUUAAUCGAUCUAAUCUAUUUAUUAGUUUAUAUUCUACUAAAGAAACCAAUUGUGGGCCAAUCUUUUUAAAACAAAAUUACGAAAAAAUUAGAACAAAAUCUAUUAAGUGUAGAUGUGAAUGUAAAGUUAAGCCUUUGGAAAUAUCAGAAAAUAACAUUAAGUGUGCUUUCUUUGAUCCGAAUGACAGGAAUGAAUGA